CCCUGGGCGGUCACGGUGCUCAGCUGACCCGCAGCAGCACACUGGCAGAUCCUCCAUAACGCUGCCCGCAGCUCUGGUGCACUCGGUGUGUUGUGUUAUGAUUCCUAAAUAGUAGAAGAGCUAAUUAAAUGGUUUUGGCUGAUGGCGGCUGAAGCCCAGCCUCGUCCCCCGCAGGCCAGGAAGCCCGUCCUGAUCAGCAAGAUCGACUCUUUUCAGGAUGUAGUGAACACGGCCGUGAUCAUCCCUAAAGAGGACGGAGUGAUCAGCGUCUCUCAGGACAGGACAGUGCGUGUUUGGCUGAAGAGAGACAGUGGACAGUACUGGCCCAGCAUCUACCACACCAUGCCUGCUCCAUGUUCGUGCAUGUCCUUUAACCCUGAGACACGAAGGCUUUCAGUCGGGAUGGACAAUGGAGUCGUUUCUGAGUUCACUGUGUCUGAAGACUACAAUAAGAUGACUCCAGCUCGCUCCUAUCAGGCUCAUCAAGGUGCAGUGACCGUGGUGUUGUUUGUGUUGGAGAUGGAGUGGGUUCUGAGCACAGGUCAGGAUAAGAGCUUCACCUGGCACUGCUCAGAGAGCGGCCAUCAGCUGGGGACUUACAGGACUGCUGCGUGGGUAACUGGACUUCAGUUUGAUGUAGAGACCAGACAUGCGUUUGUGGGGGAUCACUCAGGUCAGGUGACCAUACUGAAACUGGAACAAGACAACUGCAGUCUGGUCACCACCUUUAAAGGUCACACAGGCAAUGUAACAGCCUUGUGUUGGGACCCUGUCCAGAGGGUCUUAUUUUCUGGAAGCUCAGAUCAUUCCAUCAUUAUGUGGGACAUUGGGGGACGUAAAGGCACAGCUAUCGAACUGCAGGGACACAAUGACAAGGUACAAGGGCUGUGCUAUGCACCACACACUCGUCAGCUUAUUUCUUGCGGAGCUGAUGGUGGGAUUGUCGUGUGGAACAUGGACGUCACGCGACAAGAGACUCCUGAAUGGCUAGACAGCGAUUCUUGUCAGAAGUGCGAGCAGCCAUUCUUCUGGAAUUUUAAACAGAUGUGGGACAGCAAAAAGAUCGGCUUGCGCCAGCAUCACUGCAGGAAGUGUGGCCAGGCUGUGUGCGGCAAGUGCUCAUCCCAGCGCUCCACCAUCCCCCUGAUGGGCUUCGAGUUCGCCGUGCGGGUGUGUGACGAAUGCCACAAAUCCAUCACUGAUGAAGAGCGAGCGCCCACAGCGACAUUCCAUGACAGCAAGCACACAAUUGUGUACGUUCACUACGAGCCAACGAGGAGCUGGUUACUGACCUCUGGGACGGACAGGGUCAUCAAGCUAUGGGACAUGACACCUGUUGUAUCCUGAAGAUCACUACAGCACUCGCUGCAGAGGAUGUACACUGCAGAAACAAUGUCCAGCACUGGCAGAGAGGUUGGAGGAGAUGGGGGGUGUGUGUGUGUGUGUGUGUGUGUGUGUGUGUGUGUGUGUGUGUGAACAGGUGUAGUCAUGUUGCCGUGGGCCAGUCCUCAUUGUUCUGUGUAAAUACCCAACAUUUGUCAGUCUUGUACCAUUUGUGUAAUGUAACAUUACAUAAUGCACUUUCAGACUGUACUGUUUUUUUGACUCAUGUUUUCAAAGAAAAUGCUUGUAUUUGCGUGUCUUUACAUGUUGGAAAAAAAUCACAAAUAAAAGAACAAGUUGAUUACA